GCUGAUGAUGGUGUAAAAACCCGAAAGCACGUAGCCGGCGAAAUGCGGCAAGACAGUUGAUGGACACGAGCUCGAUGAAUGAGUCAGAUCGUGAAAGAGGCGUAGGAGAAGCGCGCAGCCAACGCGGAGGGCGAGACGAAGCAACAUAAACGUCUCUGCGGGAGUCGCCUUGCGUCGCUCGCACGUGUCACAUCGUGUGCUAAUUGAAUUCUAACGAGAAUCGACCAAGUCGCGACGAUAUCCGUCGGUCGUUUUAAUAUACAUUUUGUAUGUAUUAAGGUUUUUUAUCAUUUUUAUCAAUUGUGCCAACACGGUUGACAAUAUACUCGACACCUGCGAUCGCUCGUCUCGAGCGACCGAUGAAACUGACAACAGGGCGAAGAGGGAGAUGGCGCACAAAGGGCGGUGUCUGAAAGUUUGCAACACAGAAGAAGAACGAGCAAUCUAAGAGGCGCAUGCGGUUGGUCUCAAUUGUCCUAAGUUAAUAAAACGAGCGGCGACAAACCUCGGCCGCGUCAUCGACCAAAGCGCGCUCGAAGAAUUUCUCGCCCAAAUAGAUGACAAUAACUCGAUCGAAGUCGACGUGAUGCCGUAUCUUAAUUAUCCCGGACAAUGGGAUGGCGCACGACAGAGACGAUCGAGAAAACAAUGCUGAGAAUCAUGACGGGCGUAUUAUUAUCAUCUAUACUGUAAACAUUUGCGAUAGAAACUUUUGAAGUUGUCGUUCGAGUUGUCACAAUUGUACAAUUGCUUAGAAGCGAAGAGUUGUUGAAUUCUAUAUAAACCCAACAAUAAAAAUGGAAACCGACACGAACAUCAGCGACAUAUUGCGCGAGACGAUAGCAUUUCUGGAAUCCAUUCGCGACAUGAAGCUUCCGCUCGCGUUGGAAAAUCUCAGAGUGAAGCUGUUGGCGCGUUCGAAGAACACCCUGAGCGCCGUUACGCGCGCUCAGGGCGCGUCGUCCCCGGACAAACCUUAUCUCGACAUGAACUCCGGCCCGAAGAGCAUAUUGCUGAAGUGCGAGAGCAAGUCGGAAGAUUACGUGGAGAAAGAAGAGUCUCAGAAACAGACCUAUCAGGAUUACUACGAAACGUUCGAGAACGGAAUCAUCAUCGUGAACCCGACGGAGAAUUCGUCCGAGCGCAAUGACGAAGAUUGGGACGAGGACGAGACGUUGAUCGGGAUUUACAAACACUUGCCCGCGGUUCAGGUGAGGAGCAAGUGUCACAAAUGCGGACCGCUUUACAAAAAGGAGGGGAAGAAGUUGUUUCUGUCGGAAGGAGGUCGUACCUGCUGGAUCGCGCUGAUCGGAUCGUACUUGCUCAUCUAUCGAAGCGAACGACACAAUCAGCCUAUCUCGAUUCACUCGAUUCGCGGUUACAUGGCGCGUCCCGCGCCCAAUUUGAUCCCGCGCGAUCGACGGAGAAGCGAGUUGGCCUUCGAGAUAUACAAACCGGGAAGCGAGACGUUGCAGUUUAUCGCGAGAACGCGAAAAGAUAUGGAUCAGUGGGUGGCGAGGAUCUGCGAAAUAGGAAGCUGCAACGAAGAAGCGAACAAUAAAACGGAAGAGCAUAAGAUUCAGAUCGUUCAGUCCUCUCCGAUGAGUCGCAAGAACAACGACACGGCAGGGCGUGUGGUUAAGGAAAAAUCGGACGUUAAUGACGGAACGAAGACCAAAGGCAAGACGACGGCAAGUAGCAAGAAGACCGGAGCGACGGAGCGCGCGGACAACGCGCCUCCGUUACCCGCGCGAAUACCACGCAGGUUGCCUUCUCUGCCGCCCUCCGUCUCGCCGCUUGACUACAGCAAUAUGACCGUCGUUCAGAACAACGACGACGACGACGACGAGAUCUAUCACAAGAUCGAGGACCUGCAAAACGAGAUGCAAUAUCAGAAUCUGUCCAAGAAGAAACGGGUCGCGAACAAUCAAAGCGAAAUCGCGCGCAAUGAAUCCGACGUAGGAAGAGACAAAGAUGAGACGGCGAAGGAAAAUUCCUUCGGCGCAAACGAGGAGAUAUACGAUGACGUUACGCUUUCGCGGAUCAACGCAACGACUACCGUCGGACAACAGAACAAUUCUCUCAAUGAUCGUCCCGUCGUCAACGAUGACGAAACACAGGAAGACUUGUACGACGACGUGGAAAAUCUAAUUCCGAUUAUAAGAUUCGGGAAGGAUCGCGCGAAGGAAGAUCAGAAAAUCGACGCGUCCCCGAGCAAGCUGCAGAAGAAGUCCUUCCUGGACAGAGUUCUCAGCAGAAGGGAAUCGUCCGGAGGCAAAUCGGAGAAGAGAUGCAAGAGCAAAACUUCGCUCGAAUCCGUUGCCCCGCUCGUCUCGGAGAAGAUGCCCACUUACGACCACGUGUCCGAACCGAAGAAGGAGAUUAAGGAACUCUCAGCACCAAACGUGGAAGAGGAAUUACCAGAGUACAACUGUCCUCCGCCCCCCAGACCGAUCACGCCCAACCGGGCGAAUAAUUCCGGUCGAACGGAGGAGUAUUACGACGACGUGAGCGCCCGUCGAGAGGAGUGUGGUAAUAAAAGUCUUCUUCAGAAAACGCAAGAUUCGCACGGAGGAGCGACCGACGAAGCGACGGACGACAACGCGGAGUGCGAUGAUAUCAAGAUUUUAGCAAACGGUACUUUCGCGGAAGAGGAAAUCGAGCAUUAUCAGUCGCCGAAAAGUGGUUUGCGCGUUCGCGACGCCCUUGAGACCGAACAGAACGAAGAGUUGUACGACGACAUAGCUCUGUGGGCCGAAUUUAGAGCGCGGCAGAGAGACGUUAUCGAAAGGAAGAGAGAUAACGAGGACAACGCGAAGUCGAACGACAAGAGAUCGUGGAAUCGAUUUGCCGGUAACAGAAAGUCGCGCGCGAGCGAUUCCAAUUGCGCCAACGAAACGAACAGACGAAGCGGCAACGAGAACGACGAGACCGAGAACUCAAACGAGGGCUCAACCAGACGAAACACCUUUCAGAAGUUGAUCAGCAAGAUGAAAAAUCAGUCUUCCUUUUCGACGAGCAAAUCGAGCACAGCUAAUAAUAAUUAUAAUAAUAAUUUUUAAAACUUUUUAUUACAGAAAAAAACGUAUUUCUCUCUUUUCAGACAGAAAAUUGUCGACGUUUUGACGAUUUUUGAUCGAUUCUUUGUAAAAAGCUGUUUUUUUUUUUUUUAAG